CAGGCGCGUGCGGAAUGCGGUAUCCGGUAGAAAGUCACCACGGUACUUUUAUGGAAACGGCAACCAGCAGACAGUCGAGUUUGUUCACCGAGUGGUCGCAUCUCGGACGGUCCUGCGUUUUGCUUCUUGAUUCAUAUCUACUAAAAGGAUUUGUGACUCAAUCGAAGGAGGACGACAGAGUGCUGAAGAGGUCAAAUUUAUCAGAGCCUGUUGGUCAACUUGUCAUUGUGGAGCAAAUAUGACUGAAGUGGCGCUGCAUGCAACUGUAGACUUGGAGGAUGUUGCAAAUGAAAAUGAACAAAACAUGAGCGACGAAGAAGACAAGGAGGAUGAGACGGUGCACAAUGAGGAUGAUGAAGAAGUUUGUGAUGACGACGAAGCGGAGGAGAAAAGUGACGAGAGGUCACAGGCGGAGGACAAAAAGCCUCGCCACACAACGGAUAAAGACAGUGAGGAGACUGACAAGACACAGAUGAACGGGGUGGAUGACAAGGACAACAAUGAAGACAACAAUGAAGAAAACAAAGAAAACAAAAGAUCAGGUGUUAAUGGUGUAGCAAAGGACAAUGAGAAGAAGGAGGAUGCAGAACCUGACACAAAUGAAGACCAGAACAUUUCAGAUUUUGCAUUUAAGAAAGAGAAACUCCUGCGGUCCAGAAAGCCGGUGGCCAGAAGCUACGUGCCCAAGCUGAACAAAGAGAAGGGAGAAGUGACAGGAAAGUUUGAAGCCAUGCAGAAGGCUAGAGAGGAGCGCAGCAGGCAAAGGAACAAGGACGAGCAGGAGAAGAGGAAGGAGCAGUACGUCAAGGAGAGGGAGUGGAACCGCAGGAAGCAGCAGAUAAAAGAACUGCUUGCUUCCAGUGAUGAGGAGGAAGACGUGAAACCAGCAAAGGUGGAAAAAUCCUACGUCCCCAAAAUCACAGGUAGUGUGAAGGGGAAGUUUGCAGAGAUGGAAAAACAAAGACAAGAAGGAGAGAGAAAAAAGACGGAAGGGGAGAGGAAGAGGAGGGAAGCCCAGGACUACAUGGAAAAGACCAAAAUAAAGAAAGAGUUGGCUAAGAAAGCAGCUGAGGAAGGAGAUGACACCAUACUGGUACGGGUGGUUCCAGCGAAGUCAUCACGAAAUCCGGGCAGAAUCAAGAUGAACUUUGAAGACAUUGAGAAGAACCGAGACGAGGAACUGAAGAAGAAGGCAGAGGAAGAGAAGAAGAGACGAUAUGACGAAAACCGGCGCUCCUUCAGGGAUGCCAAGAGAUGCUCCGUUAUCGAACAGGAUGAUGAAGAGAAGCCAACAGAGAAGGCGCCGGUGACCCCUGGGAAGCUAAAGAUGACAUUUGAGGAGCUGGAAAAGGAAAGGCAGGAGCACAGAAAGAAGCAGGCUGAGGAAGAAGCUAAACGCCGUCUGCUGGACGAGAAGAAAGCUUUUGAGGAGGCCAGGCUGGAAAUGGGAGAAGAUGAGGGGGACACAAAGGCAUCUCAAGAUGACAAGGAGGAGGUCCGACCUGGGAGACUGAGGCUGAGCUUUGAAGAGCUAGAAAGGCAAAGGGUGGAAGAAGUACGCAAGAAAGCAGAGGAGGAGGCCAAGAGACGGAUGGAGGAGGAGAGAAGAGCUUUCGCUGAAGCCAGGAAGAGCAUGCUUGUAGAUGAGGAUGAUGAGGUUCUGAUGGCCCUACUCAACCUGGAGGGCAGUAAACCCGGGAAGAUAUGUGCCAGUUUUGAGGACCUGGAACGCCAGAGAAGAGAGGAGGAGCAGAAGAAGGCGGAGGAAGAGGCCAAGAGGAGACUGGAGGAGGAGAAGAGGCUCUUUGCUGAGGCCCGCAAGAGCAUGAGCCCAGGCCUGGAUCAGGAAAGAUCUGCAUAUGGAGAUGAAACAGCAGUUGAUGAGGAUGAGGGGAUGGUUAAGAGUGCAUCUCAAGAAGCACUGCACCCCAGAAGACUGGAGAUGAACUUUGAAGAGUUACUGAAAGAGAAGGAAGAGGCUGAGAGGAGGCGCAAGGCAGAGGAACGUAAAAAGAAAAUGGAGCAGGAGAAGCAGGAAUUUGAACAACUCAGACAAGAGAUGGGGGAGGAUGUAGUGAAUGAAAGCUCAGAUGUUGUUAACAAAGAGUAUGAAGAACUGACCAAGCUAAAGAGGACUGGCUCCAUCCAGGCCAAGAACCUCAAGUCCAAGUUCGAGAAGAUCAAGCAGCUGUCCGAAGAGGAAAUCCAGAAAAAGAUUGAGAUGGAGAGAGCGCGACGGAAGGCCGUCGAUGACGAAAUCAAAGAGAGAGAAGCUGAAAGGUUCCAGGAGGAGGAUGAAGAAGGAGAAAUGACACAAGCAAAGGCAGAGGAGACACCCUUCAAACAGAAGGUGGAUAUGAAAGCCCGGUUUGAACAGAUGGCCAAAGCCAGAGAGGAUGAGGAGAAGAGGAGAAUAGAGGAGCAGAAGCUGCAGAGGAUGCAGUUUGAGCAGCAAGAGAUUGAUGCUGCCCUCCAAAAAAAAAAGGACGAUGACGUGGAAGAAGAGGGUAGCAUCAUCAAUGGCUCUGCUGCAUUUGAAGAUGAGGAGGAUCACGCUAGAUCGGGUGCACCUUGGUUUAAAAAGCCCCUUAAAAAUCAGUCAGUGGUGGACUCAGAGCCUGUGCGGUUCACGGUUAAGAUCACCGGGGAGCCAAAGCCAGAAGUGACCUGGUGGUUUGAGGGAGAGAUGCUCCAGGACUGUGAGGACUAUCAGUAUAUAGAGAGAGGAGAGACAUACUGCCUCUACCUGCCAGAGACCUUCCCAGAGGAUGAGGGGGAGUAUAUGUGCAAGGCUGUGAACAGCAGAGGCACAGCAGCAAGUACCUGUAUCCUCACAAUAGAAAGUAAGACCACCUUGGUGUGAUUGCAUGCCUGCAUGAUACCUCCAAACCGGAUUUCAACCUCUCUCGCUCUCUCUUUGAAGUGGAUCGCAUGUUCCCCUUCCUGAUGAAGAUGCAGCUGUCUGUAACUGUUGUUCUGUCUCUCUCUUGCAGCUUAUGACUACUGAUGCCCUUCCAUGCCCUGGAAACUUUCCCUGUUGUCUCUCGCUCCUUUUUUUAAAACUAUGUCCCUCAUGGUAUGGUCAAACAGCAGAGGGAAGAAAUAGCAGUAUGCCUGGCAUUCCUAAGGGAGGGAUAUACAACACAUAAAAAAAUGUUGAAAAAGAUUUUGUUUACGUACUGUUUAAUUGUAAAGCUGCACUCCCAGCUAGCGUAGGAUGAUACCUGUGCCAAAACCAGACAUAAUUCUUGUUUGUUCUUGUUUUAAAUAUAUUUGCUGUGAUGCCCUUGCAAUAUUUAAGAUACCAGCAGUUUCUAAGUUUAUAGUACUGUGUUGUAAAUAUCACACUUAAUGGUCCAUACAUGGAAAACUCUUAGCUUGAGGCAUUGAAAUGAAUGAAGAAGUAAGUGUGUACUGGUGACAAUGAAUGAAAAACACAGUACAGGAAAAUCAACUCUUGGGUAUGUAUCACAUUAUAGUUCAAUGCACUCUUUGCUAUAUUACUUAAAGGUGAUGCAAUACUUGCUUAGAAUUAUGUCAAAUGCUAUGGUAAUCAUUUCACCCAAUAUGCACAGUGAACAAGACAUUGUGAUGAUAGCAUAUGUUAUUGACACAACCAUUUGAAAUCACAUGAGAUCGUAUUCAUUUUCAAUGAAACUCAUUUGGAACUUUUCCAGUGUUUUGAUUCUGCUGCAUAUAAAGAGUUAAUUUAUCAUCUUCAA